AUGCACGAUGGUAGGUUUUACGCGAAGAAGGAGAGAACCGAAGAAGCCAGGCCAGAAUCUGCUGUGUAUGAGGAUGUUUCUGAUUUGGCAAGACGGACGAAGGUGUUUUGUGUCCGGGUUUGUGUGCACGUGUCUGCGGCAGCGGUUUGGCGAUGCCUGCUGUCAUCUUGCGCUCGCGCGGUGUCUUGGGGCAGCAAGUAUGGGUAUACGAAGGAGGCAGAAUGCCAUGGGCUGGUUAUGGGUGAUUCUCGCUGUGCAGCGGAGGGCAGGAGUGGGGAGAGGCGAGAGCGAGUUGCUUGA